GUGGCGCCACCGGCCGCGCCGCGGCCCGUCAUCGACUACCUGGCCUGGCGGCCGCCGUCGCCCCCGCCGGCCGAGGAGCCGGACGGCGCCGCCGAGCCGGCGGAGCUGCCGUCGCACGUGCUGGAGGUGUACGACUUCCCGGCUGCGUUCACCACCCAGGACCUGACAGUGGUGUUUCAGGAGUUCGGCGCGCGCGGCUUCGACGUCCGCUGGGUGGACGACACACACGCACUGGCCGUAUUCGCCAGCGCCUCCGCCGCGGCGGUGGCGGAGACGCUGCUGCGGGACCACCCGCUGGUGCGGUGUCGGCCGCUGUCGCAGGCCUCGCCCAAGGCCCGCCAGAAGGCUGCGCGGUGUCAGCAGACGGCCGAGCUGCUGCCACACCGGCCGCGGCCCGAGACCUGCGCGCUCCAGGCGCGGCGCAUGGUGUUCAGCGCGCUGGGGAGACGCGACUCGGCGCCGCGCGAGCAGCGGGAGCAGGAGCGGCGCCAGCUGCAGACGGCACGAGAUAAGAAGCGACUGGCCGCUAAGCAGAAGCAGGACGCGUGGGAGGGCAACUUCAGCUGAAGAACUGCAGACGUCCGGCGAGUAUCGGCUGGUGCGCGAUCCAUCAAGUCAGGGUGAGGGGCUGAGGGGCUAGGGUAGGUGGGUGCGGUGACGGCAAUAUUGACAGUUUUGUACUGGACGUGAGCGAGAUGGAUUCUCCUGGCAGAAGAUAUAACCCACAGCGGCUGUGGAAUUUCGUGGAGUAACUGGGCGGGAAGUUUGAGAGUUUCAUCCAUCGAUUAGUCGUAGGAUAAUAGUGAUUACUAUCAUUAGCUCACCAGUGUAGCGUGUUUAGGUGCCGGUUUUCCGACGCACAGCUUUACAAGAAAUGUUGCGCCGCAAUGCCCGUACAAAACGUGGAUCCAAAGCCCGCUCACUGCCGUGACGAUAUGUGAUCGCUCUCGAGUAGUCGGCGAAGGUGUAGGUUUUCACAUGCUGUCACUUUCUUUCACCCGAUCAAAGUCUAUGUCGUCCCUAUAAAUGUCUUGCUAGCUGUAGUGAAAAGACAUUUGAGUAUUAUUUUAUCAUGAAUGACAUAUUGCUUCUUGGCUUAGGAAAAUUGUCUCAGUUGGGUGGCAAAUUGAAACAGCUAGGCAGAUCUUAUUUAAUACUAGUAUUUUAUUUAUGAACAUGUUUUUGCUCGCCGUGCUAGUUUUCGUCAUAGUAGUCCACUUGUGUCAUAAUAGUUGGUCGCUUCAUUUGCUGUGCGCCGAGGACACUCACUGCAAUUUCUUACGAAUUUAUUCCUGCUCCUGAAAGUUUGGUGUAAAAAUGCGGACCUUGCUACAAAAGCCAUCAAGCAGUAAUUACUAACGCCCAUCGCCUAUAGAUAGGCGGUAUUGUGCAUUGCUAGGCUAGGAUAUUGUGCAUCCGAACAUUCGAAUCUUUGCGUCCGUUUGCUCUCUGCCAUAAAACUGAUCACUUUUGCCGCCGAGGUGUAGGUGAUUUAGUACCCGACUGAUGUGCUGACGGUACAAAAGUACGCCUACUUAGCUGAGUGAUUGAGGUCCAUGAUUUUAUACCCUGCUUGUGUUUGUGUUUGUUUUUGUGUUUGUGUUUGGUUGAAGUACGCUUAGACUGUAAUGCAUGCUCAGUUUUUGUGCAUUUGUCAGCAAUUCUAUGCGUUAGUGAUAUUUUCCUUUUCACCCCUCCCUGUCAAACCAUCUCGAAAACUGUGUUCUUUGCUCAAGAUAAGUGUGUCGUUUUACCGGCUUAAAUUGCUACAGUAGACGGCCAUGCAAUAUUAGAAGCUCUGCUUGGCAGCCCGUCCCUGCAGCCCGCAGGGUUUUCUGUGUAGGAUCACUCUCAGUUGUGUACCAAGUGAGCUGACUGACGCGUCAGGCGCCGACGCUCUGUGGGAAGCUGUGUUCAUUCGUGAAGUUUACACACCUCACCUCGCGUUUGCGACGCGCUGUGGUUCGUGUUUGUGCGAAGCGUGCUUGUUGUGCCUCGGUUGUGUUGAGUCCGAACUUGCGGACGGGAUGCGCUCACUCUGGCAGAGCUGUAAAUGACGCUGAGUGGGGCCGGUACGUCGGUCGGUUUGUACAGACACGACAUGCGGUCAAAGUUGGGUAGAAUUCGCGCUCUACCCCGUCGCGUGUGAGUGACUGAAUGUGUGGGGUGGCGACUGAUCCGACUGAUCCCUCCGUCCUCCAUUCGUUCAGUCAGUGUGUGACAAUACUGUCCUUGACAUCCAGGGCAGACGGACCGAACUUUCCCCAUUUGCGUCGAUGGGGAUGCCGCGGGCACGGGCGUAUGCGGUGUGUUGUAGUGAGAGAAGUGAUGAGCUGAAUCUUCCUAUGAGCCAACAAAGCUGUGUCCAAAGACGUAAUUCUGGUGCUCUCUUGAGUUGGUGAGAUGCUGUGCCGUGUCACUGACCUCAAAUACACGGAGGUAUUUGGAA